AUGCUACCGUGGGCCGUGUUACUGCUACCGCUCUUCCUGGGCGGCUGGCUGCCUCGGAACGCUGCCCUGGAUGGCGCUGCAGCCGCUCCGUCGGCAUCGCCCGCCAACCAGACCGUCGCACCCGCGACAACCGAGGUCACGUGCGAAGUGGACGCUGACUGCCAUCGACCGGGGAUCAAGGCUUCGGUGCAGGGAGUCGUCUGCGACUCCACCACGCGGCGCUGUAUCUGUGGAAACCGGACCCUGGUGCUCACUAAGGCCGGACGCUGCCUGCCCAUUCGAAUGCUGGGGCAGCCAUGCCGGAGGGAUGAACAGUGCCACAAGAUUGACAAGCACGCAGACUGCGACGAUGGGUACUGCAAGUGCGAAGACGGCUAUUAUCUCUUCCACGACAUCAACGGAACGUCCUGCUUGCAAGACCAAGAGCUGCAGACGAUCCGUCCGUUCGGAGCCGACCGCAAGAGCGAAUCCAUAUCGGAGGAGAACAUGGUGCCCAUCAUCGUGUGCCUCGCCAUCAUGUUCGUCGGCAUGUGCGUCGCGCUGCAGCUUUUCAGCAGGGCCCGGUUCCGGAACCAGCGGACCAUCUUCAACACCCCGAAUGCGCGGCUGACCCCCCUCAAACUGGGCAGCGGCAAACGUGGCAAGCGCAGGGCCAGUCACGUCAGUCUGCCGGGAGGCUCCAGGCGUCCCAGUGCGUGCUCUCAGCUUUCGCCUUCGAGAGCAGGAAGUCGAGCCGGAAGCAGGGCCGGAAGUCGGGCGGGCAGCCAAUGCGGAAGCCCGGAUCUCAGGCGCGCUUCGAUGUUGCACCACCACGCCGAGCAUCAAGGCAAGCGCACCGGAGCUCGUGACCACGCCCCGACGUUAGUGAACGGGCCGGCGGUGGAGUCGGCCCUGCAGAACGGAUCGCCCAAGGUGAUCGUGAACCGCGGCCGGUCGCCGUCUCCGCCGGCGCACGUGUGA